AUGGCGACAGUAAAUGAAUCAAAUUUAUGUUCAAUCUGCAACAAACCUUCAGUUAAAUACUUUUGUAUUGGAUGUAAAAAAUAUUUUUGUCCGAAAGAUUUCAAAGAACAUGAACAACAACUAUCAGUGAAAUUCGAUAAUGAAAUAGUUAGAUCACAUGAUGAGCUUUUUGAUCAAAUCCAAAAAUUAGAAAGGUCAAAUUAUUUAUCAUCGGAUCUUUUCGCUCAAAUUGAACAAUGGAAAAAAUCAACAAUCAAUAAAGUAGAAAAGGCAGCAGAAAGAGCUCGUAAUGAACUUAUCGAACUAAUCGAUAAGCAAAAAAUAAAAAUAACAAACCAACUUGAACCAAUCACAAAAGAAAUUCGUUGCCACCGAGAAGAAGAAACAUUUGUUGAAAACGAUAUUGAUCGACUUAAAGAAAAACUCAAUGAAAUCCAAAAAAUAGUUGAACAAUUUAUUCGAAAAGAUACCAAUAAAACCAUCAUCGUUGACAAUGAUGAAAUUGAUUGGAAUCGACUGAUCUACAUCCGAGGAGUCCAAAAAGAAGAACAAAACUGUGAUGCAAAUCUGAAUGCAAAUGCGAAAUGGAUACAAAAUGGUGUCACUGUUGCUGGAGGAAAUGGAAACGGUAGUGGAAUGAAUCAACUCCACAACCCAUGGGGUAUUUGUGCUGACGAUGAUCAAACUAUCUACAUUGCUGACUACACAAAUCAUCGUAUUAUGGAAUGGACAUUUGGUGCCACAUCUGGUCGAAUAGUGGCCGGCGGCAAUGGACGAGGAAACCGUUCUGAUCAGUUGAGUGGUCCAUAUGAUGUGAUGAUUGAUAAAGAAAGAAAUAGUCUUAUCAUUUGUGAUUAUGGCAACAGACGAGUAGUUAGAUUGCUUCGUCAAAAUGGCACAAACGGAGAAACGAUUAUCUCAAAUGUUGGAUGUAUUGAGAUGACCAUUGACAGUGAUGGAUUUCUCUAUAUUGUUGAUAACGAUAAAGAUGAAGUCAGACGAUAUGAAAUGGGAGAAAGUCAAGGAACAGUGGUUGCAGGCGGAAAUGGACAAGGAAAUCGUCUCGACCAGUUGACACAUCCCAGAUUUGUAUUUGUCGAUCGAGAUCAUUCAGUGUACGUAUCGGAUUAUGGUAACCAUCGUGUCAUGAAGUGGAUAAAAGGUGCAAGACAAGGCAUUGUUGUGGCUGGUGGUCAAGGUCAAGGAAAUAAUCUUACACAAUUAUCGUGUCCCUAUGGAGUUAUCGUGGAUCAGUCAGGUACUCUCUAUGUGGUUGACAGUGGGAAUCACCGAAUAACACGUUGGCCUCAAGGAGUCACAGAAGGAAGUGUAAUCGUUGGUGGAAAUGGUCAAGGAAAUCAAUCGAAUCAACUCUUGUUUCCCGUCGGUUUGUCAUUUAAUCGGGAGGGUAAUCUCUACGUGAGUGAUCAAAAUAAUCAUCGAAUACAAAGAUUCAACAUUGAUCGAAAUUGA